AUGAAGGCCUAUUGGUAUGACAACACGCCGGGCGACCAGCGCGAGCCGCACGACUCCGGCCGCGCCGUCUCCGAAGACAAGCUCGCAUCGCUUGGUGUCCUUUACCACAACUGCCCGAGUGUUGAGGGCGUUGACGCCAUCGCCAAGGAGCGCGGCUACAAGAACCGCGACACGAUCUGCGUGUCCCCGCAGAGCAUGGGUGACGUCUACGAGGACAAGGUGAAGAUGUUCUUCGCGGAGCACCUGCACGAGGACGAGGAGAUUCGCUAUAUCCUGGACGGCGAGGGUUACUUUGACGUGCGAGGCGAAGAGGAUGAGUGGAUCCGCAUCGAGCUGGCUAAGGAUGAUUUGAUUAUCCUGCCGGCGGGCAUUUACCACCGCUUCACGACCAAUGAGCAGAACUACAUCAAGGCUAUGCGCCUCUUCCAGGAUGAGCCCAAGUGGACGCCCCUCAACCGUGGCGCCGAGGUUGAUCUCAACCCUCACCGCAAGAACUACGUGGAGGCCACCUUGAAGCGCAGUGCUGCUGUGAACUAG